CAUGCAUGCGUCAUUCUAUACGUAAUCGGUUUCGUUUGGAGUCUCUGUAGCCUGACUUUACCGUGCAUUCAGUAUCAGUAGACAGUAACCGAUUGAACGCCAUCAUAACCAGACGCAUUUACUGAGACGCGAUUAUCAGGCUCUUGUCGUUAUGUCGCGCGUUUUUCAACCUUCGGCUCACGUAGUCGGGAAGUCGAGAUUGCCAUCGUUCGAUAAAUACAAUGAGAUGUACAAAAAGUCACUCGACAACCCGGAGGAGUUUUGGUCGGAAAUAGCCAAGGAAUUCUAUUGGCAGACGCCGCAUCAGCCAGGAAAAUUCGUCUCCUAUAAUUUUGAUGUAACGAAGGGUGACAUCUUUGUGAAAUGGAUGGAAGGGGCCGUCACAAAUAUUUGCGUGAACCUCCUAGACAGGAAUAUAGAAAAGGGGCACGGAGACAAGAUCGCAUAUUAUUGGGAAGGAAAUCACCCGGAUGACUACAGUCGCAUAACAUAUAGGAAGCUGAAGGAUCUCGUAUGUCAGUUCGCAAAUGGAUUGCGAUCUCGUGGCGUGGGGAAGGGAGACCGAGUUUCCAUCUAUAUGCCGAUGAUAUUGGAGACGGUUGUUUGUAUGCUGGCCUGUGCUAGGAUUGGAGCCAUCCACUCCGUUGUAUUUGCAGGUUUUUCAUCGGAUUCUUUAGCUGAACGGAUGUCGGACUGCAAGGCCAAAGUGCUGGUGACGUCAGACGGGGCAUGGAGGGGUGAAAAGCUGCUGAUAUUGAAGAAAACCUGUGACGAGGCGUUAGAAAAGGCAAAAACAAAACACGACCAUACAGUGGAAUCGUGUAUCGUUGUGUCGCACCUCGCGAAAGCGUCCCCAUGCGGCAAGUUAGGAGAUAUCAAAUCUUUGUUCGACUGGAACGCUGAUAUCGACGUGUGGUGGCAUGAACUUAUUGAGGAUCAAUCUAUUGAUUGUAAGCCGGAGUGGAUGGACGCAGAAGAUCCCCUUUUCAUGUUGUAUACUAGUGGCUCAACGGGCAAGCCAAAAGGAGUAUUGCACACAACAGCAGGCUACUUGCUGUACGCGGCUACAACAUUCAGAUACGUCUUCGAUUACCAGGAGAAUGACAUCUACUGGUGUACAGCUGAUGUGGGCUGGAUCACAGGACACACUUACGUUGUUUAUGCGCCCCUGGCCAAUUGUGCAACGUCGGUUAUGUUUGAAGGUUCGCCGUUUUAUCCGGACAACGAUCGCUACUGGGACGUGGUGCAAAAGUACAAGGUUACCCAGAUGUACACUGCACCAACAGCCAUCAGAUCCCUGAUGAAAUUCGGAGUGGAAAAUGUCACCAAACACGACCUGAAAUCUCUACGAGUAUUGGGCAGCGUGGGUGAACCAAUAAAUCCCGAGGCGUGGCACUGGUAUUACAACCUGGUGGGCAGCGGACGCUGCUCAAUUGUGGAUACCUUCUGGCAGACUGAAACUGGCGGUCACGUGCUGACUAGUCUACCUGGAGCGACACCUAUGAAGCCUGGAGCUGCUGGAUUUCCAUUCUUCGGUGUUGCCCCCACAAUUCUGGAUGACAACGGAAAAGUUAUAGAAGGACCUGGCGAAGGGUACUUGGUAUUUUCCCGACCUUGGCCCAGCAUCAUGCGCACUCUUUUCGGAAACCAUGAGCGCUAUCAGAGUGUGUACUUUUCCAAAUUCCCGGGAUAUUACUGCACUGGAGAUGGCGCACGGCGUGACGAAGACGGUUUUCUGUGGGUAACCGGACGUAUUGAUGACAUGCUCAAUGUCUCUGGACAUCUCAUGUCCACAGCAGAAGUGGAGAGUGUCCUUACCGAAGAUUCCCGUGUCUCCGAAGCAGCAGUAGUAUCCCGCCCACAUCCUCAAAAGGGCGAAGCACUACAUUGCUUCGUAAUUCUCAACGCCGGAGUCCAACCAGACCCAUCUAUCAUAGACGCCCUUAAAAAGCACGUUCGUGCAAGAAUUGGCGCUUUUGCAGCACCAGAUACGAUACAGUUUGCUCCAGGUCUCCCAAAAACAAGGUCCGGGAAGAUCAUGAGACGCAUAUUGAGGAAGAUCGCGGUGGGUGACACAGAUAUUGGGGAUACGUCGACCCUCGCCGACCCAUCCGUUGUAGAUCAACUCUUUAAGAGUAAACCCUAAACGCUUGUUCCUUAAAAUGCCGAUUACAGCCAUCCGCUGCUUUUUUGACGUGAAAGGAUUUUUACACCGCAUCCUAAUAUAAUAGGCCGACUCAAACUAAAACGAAAUGCGCAGGUAAUCAUUAUAUUAAGGCUUAGGCAGUAUUGUAUACCUAAUUUAGCGUCAUUGAUAUAGGCCAUAGUAGUGUUGGAAUGAGAAUAGAAAGAGAAGGUUACUUAAAGUUACACUAAAUAUUUACAUGCUCUUGUGCAAGUGAAAGCUACAUGUGAGCAAGAAAGAAAUGAAUGGUACCUGGCAGUAAGCGGUUAACUAGUCAUUUCAACGGCCCGAUUUCUGUUAUAUGAAAGAGUAGGUAACUGUUUUAAAAAAGGAUGGUUAAAGAUCUUAACAGGUAGCUCUGGUUUCACCAAAGACGUAAUGCAUUUCUUCGCAUUUUUAACGUAAACUUACCAUUUCAUACGUCGCCUAUAUUAUUUAGAUCCUGCUGUUAGGUAUUUUAAUAUUAUUAUAAAUGUUAUAGAAUCUGGCUCAGAUUCUACUUUUAAUAUAUACAUAUAUAUAUUACUUGGAAACACAUUCCAUAAGUCAAAUGUUUUUCGUUUUAAGCUUUUUAAUAAAAUACGUGCUACCAAAAACUAGAACUGUUUUAACAUAGUUUUAAGUAUAAUAAUGUGGAAAUAAUUGUUUAAUUUGUUAGUCGUUUUGUGAUAUUCAAUGGCUCUUAAGGCACAAGCAAAUGUUUUAAUAAACGUUUUUAUUUCUUACCGUGUAAAUCUAUAAGUUAUAAAUGAAAAUGUCGACAACAUUAUACUUUUAUAUAUCAAAACUAUUAUUUAUGUACCACGCUUAUGCAAAGCUUAGUCUAUCAUCAGAGAGAUGUGGGCCUACGUACCGUUUCUUUGACGGCAAAAGCCGGGAUUUUUCGUUAAAAUUCAUAUGCUCCAACCACAUUUUAUGGAUAAGAUUCCUACAAACAUUUUUGAACUUUACUGACACUUGAGCAAAACAUUUGUCGAAUCUGUAGCAAUUUAUUAUCUGCCUUGGUUUAUCCAUGUAUCUCAAUCAGUCUAUUAAUAAAUGUUCACGAUCAAAGAAAAUCCAUAUAAAACUUUAGUAUUAAUGUGUUGUGACAGCACUUCUAUGACAUGUCGAUGCACAAUAUAGAUGUCUAUUAAAAAAUAAAUUAGAUUGUCCUAUAAUUAGACAGUGUAUAACUCUGUUUGGAACUCUCAAUAUUUUAAACUAUUACUAUUUCGAUGCUAUACCUAAUUUAUAUGGGGUGGAGUGACUAAUUUAUCUUAUACAGAAAUUUUAAUUACUUGAAUGUUCGAAGGGUUUAGAGGUGACAGGACAUUUAUCAUAUAUUUGAGAGAGAUUAAAAUGUAAUUGUUUUUUUUCACGCACAUUAUUAUUUAUAAAAAAACAAAGCUAACGACGUGGAGUCAUCUGAAUUAAAUGCUUUUAAUUAUAAUGUUGUAUUAUUAAGGGCAAUAUUAGUGUACGAUUACCCACAUAAACUCCUUAUUAAAUCAACAUUUACGAUUAUAAUACUGUGACGAUAAAUAGGCAAUGAGAAAAAAAACUUCGAAAUUUCAGAUAUACCGAAUUUUGUUAUAAGAAUUUUUAAAAAAGGUUUUAUUCUCUUGAUACUUUUUAAUAGUUGCACAAAUUAUAUCUACAAUUAAAAUAAAAUCAAUGUCGUAUUACGUUAAUUAUUCUUAAAAAUUGUUAACUUGCUGAAAGAUGGUUUGAGUUAGAAGUUCUUUGACGAAUUAUAAUAUUUAAUGUUAUCUAGUAGAAUAUAAGUGUUAGUAGUAUAUGUACGUCGCUUAAUCUAGAAAAAAUUAUAAAGAAUAGUAAUAAAAAUAAACUCACUUUAGAGGGCAGCACUGUUGACUGUAGCAUAAAUUUUCUUUAUAGUAAAAAAAUCGAUUGUAGUCUACAAAAAUAUGCGUGCAGUUAUUAAGUGUAUAUGCAAAUUGCGAAUUCUAUUAAACAUUGUUACAUGGAGACAUUUUGAAACUUGAAUAAGUAAUUACUUAUUCUAAUUAAUUACUAAUUUAAUUAAAUUUAACCGAAAUAUAAAAUGGAGGCUUUUAAAAAUUUGGUAAAGAGUGGUGCUAUCUAUGAGAAGCAUUUUAUCUCAUUCUCAUCGAUAUAUUAAGAAUGAAAAAUUAUGAACUAUAUAUACUUGAUUAACCGCACUAAUGUCUAUGUAUAAAGGCUGAAUUUUCAAACGAUGGUUCUGCUCCUAACUUGUAGAAAUUCCGGUUGAAAAAUCAGCCAAAUUAGUAAUUUUAAUGUGAUCGUGUAACGGACAUAUCAUUAAAGGUGAUAUUAUUAA